AUGGACAGCGAUUUAUCUUCAGUCGAAUUAGAUGAGGAAGUAUACGAAGAUUCUCCUGAUGUUCCUGAAGAAGAGGCAGUAGGUUCAGAGCCGGAGGAAGAUGAUGAAUACCAAUACACACCAGACUAUGAGGAAGAUGACGAGUCGGCACGGCUAAAAAGCGCAAGCCGGUCCAAAAGAGGAGGUUCCAAAGCUAUUGAAGAAGAAGAUCUUGACGCGCGAGGCUUCAAUCGGAAGAGAACUGCCAAUGAUGAAUCGGAAGAACCAGGAUCAAGUCCUGCAAAGAAAGUACGCAGGAACGGCGCUAUUGAUCUUCAAAAUUUGGACGAUGACGAAGAUGAAGACGACGGUGAACAAGCAGGCAACGAACUUUCCACCGAAUCGAAGCUCAAUAGCCGCAACAAAAUGAUGAUGGAGCUUUUAGACAAUUCUUCUCGUCGAAACUCGAAGUUGACCGAAAAUGAAUUGCAAUUGCGCAGAGCAGAAAACGCGCGUAAGCGUAAGAACCUGAGUGAGAAGAAGCUGGAAGAGGAAAAACAGGACACCAUCAAUAAACUACUGCGAAGGCGGGCAGGGAGAACGAGGGGUCCUGUGCCAGCCGACAAGCAGAGUUCUGAAAGUUUAGAGGACGAAGAUUCGAUUUUCGUGAAGCCAAGAAGAGCCUAUAAUUCGGACGGCUUGAUAAGGAUACUUAGAAACAAGGAGGAAGAUCUAUAUGCAACAUUCUGA